AUGGGAACAAAGGCUGUACUUAAAACCAUUCGUCAACAUAUCGAUGCUAAGGAAUUCAACAAAGCAAUGGGAAUUAUAGAGGAUCUAUUAAAACAAGAUGUAUCUGAUUAUUUACUUUUCGUCUUCGCAGCAGUUACAAGUGUAGAAAUUGGAAAUGAUUGCGAAGCUGUUAGUUAUUACAAAAAAGCAAUCAAGCUUGAUGCAGAGAAGCCUCUAGCAUGGCAAGGACUGUAUAAACUUUACGAACAAGGAAAAUAUGUUGAUUUGGAGCACAUCCUAAUAGUAAUUCAAAAUCUGAUAUGUAUUCCUGGAAUAGCUCCAGAAAAAAUUUCUGCAUAUAAGAGAGAAUUGGGUUUUAUAUUACUGAAAUUGAAGAAGUUUGAUGAAGCUUUUUCAAUUUCCGAUCGAUUAGACGAUGCUGAUUUUUGUUACGAAGCACUAAAAAUGUUACUAUUCACUGAUGAUUGGGAUGGCGAUCGAAAAAAAUUGAUAAAACAAUUUUUAAUCAAAAUCGAUAGUGGCAAAUUGGACAGUAAAAUUCAUCGGAAAUGUGCAAUAUUACGUUGUUCAUGGGCAGAGACACUGGAAGAAAUACGAGAUGUAUUAAACUGGCACGUUAGAUACAUUUCACUCGAUGAUGAAUGGCUAACUAAUUUAUUGCGAUAUUUCGUUAUUAUCUCUUAUUUGGAGCGACGUCAAGUAGAUCAUUCGAGCGACGUUAUCAGUAUGUUGAGAAAUGCUGUAGAGAAAGAAACAGAAUUCGAACUUCUUCUUGAACAUGUUGAGAAGACAGAAAUGUCAUUAUCGAUCAAAAAUAUUGAUGAAAAUUUGAAAAACGAUACAUGCAAAUGGCCGUAUAUCGGUUUGGCUGUUCCUCUUUUACUUUUUCAAGAACGCUAUGAACAAGUUUUAAUUCUUCUCGAUGUAGAAAUCCCAAAUAUACAUCCUGCAAUUACCAAAGCUUUAAGUGAAGAAAUUUUCCGUGCUAGAUGUGAAGCACUGUAUGGUAUUCAUAAUGACAAUACGCUCCUGCAAUUACAUUUAUUAUUGAAUGAUAAUUCAAGCACUAAGCAAGCGCCCAGAAACAUACGACUUGAGAAUUCUCAAUCAAAAGAGUCCUUACAAGAGGCAAGACUUUUAGCUGAAAAUGCUGCAAAAUCCAACCCGAAAUCAUGGCAGUGGCAUUUAGUGCUUGGCGAAAUUUGUUUACUAUUAAAUACCGAAGAUUCGGUUGCUACAUCGGCUCUUGUGAAAGCAGCGAAAUUGAAUCCAUACAGUAGCAAAGCUUUUUUUUUAUUGGGAUCGAGCUUGAAGACUAAAAAUCGAACCAAAGCUAUAGCUUGUUUGGAAAGAGCAGCGAAAAUUCGUCCUCAUGACACGAAGGUUGCGAAGCUAAUAGAUGAGCUACUCAGUUUGGAAGGUCGCAAUGAAGAUUUGCUCAAACAUUUAGUACGAUAUUCGAAAAUGGUACCUAAAGACCUUUGGGCACGGAAAAGAUUGGCAUUAUUGGAGCUUCAAAAUGGAAAUCUUGAUGCAGCAAUUGAUCAAAUGCAGCGCAUUGUUACACUUGAUAAAACAGAUGUUGGGAUUUGGACUGCGCUAGGAGAUGCUUAUAAAAAGCGUGGAAACUAUCAAAGUGCUAUCAAAGCUUUUAAGGAAGCAAUAAAUCUUGAAUCAGACAAUAAAACUGCUGAAAUUCAGUUUAUUCAAAUGUGCCAAGUUACUGGCCAAUUGGAGGAAGCAAUCGAACACUCCUUGAAAUUGAUAAAAUAUGUUGAAAGUGGCCAAAGUGAUACAAAUUGUGUCUAUUUAUUAUAUGUUGAAUCUAUCCUGAAACUAGCUCAAAAAUCGGUGUAUUCUUUGCAAUUUGAUCUCUUAAAUAGAUUUUUUGGCUCUAUUGAAAAAGCUUUUGAUCGAAAUCCAGGAUUUGUAUUACCCUUUAAAUUUGCUGCUGAUGCGCUUUUGCUAGCAUCUAGAUAUCAUGUUGAUACAUUUCAACAUUUCGAAUUUCCUAAAACUUGGAAAAUGGAGUCAGUGCUGGAUGCAAUUGAAUUAGCUAUUCAUUACUAUUGCUUGGUGAUAAAAGCACAUCCGAACUGUGCUAGUGCUUGGGAUGAUUUGGGUAUUGCUUUAUUACGGAAAUGUCAAUUAAUGAAAGAUAACUCGGGAUACGCAAACCUUGUCGAGUGUUUUAAACGUGCUAUCAAACUUUGCUCAUCAAAAACAGUAAAGUCGAUUUAUUGGACAAACCUAUCGGAAGCGGUUGGAUUAUCAGGAAAUGCCUUGACGGUACAGCAUUGCCUUAUACGAGCCUUACAGUUAAAUGCAAGGAACGAUAAUGCUUGGUUUUUACUUGGCUUAUUAUAUUUGAAGUUCAGUCAGCAUAAUUUAGCACGACAAGCUCUCAAUAUGGCUCAGAAAAUUAAUCCCGAAUCAGCCGAAGUUUGGUGUGUUUUGGCCACAAUGGCAGAAGCAGAAAAUCAUUAUGAUACGAUGGAUUUAUAUAGACAUUCAUUAACUUUGAGGCCAACUGAACUGGCGGUGAAAAAGUAUACAUAUUAUCUGAUGAAAAUUUUAGCCGAAGGUAAACAGUCUGAUGAUGCAACAAUGUUCGAUUUUGAAUCUGUCCACGAAAUUAUUGAGAAAUUGUUGAAAUGUUCGAUUUAUGAACAGCUUUUUUCGGCUCUUGAACGAAAUGAUAUUGAGCAGUUUCGUGCGAUUUCAAUGGAUGUUAAAAAUAAAAUACAAAUUCCUCUUUUUAUUGCUGCCGUUCUUUGUUUCCAGAAAAAACUAAAUGAUGAUUUCGUUAAUGUUUUACGCGAUGUAAGGCCACGUCAUCAGAUUGUCCUUGUUUACUCUACUGGUAAUCAGUGUGAUGAAAAUGAUGAAUUUUCUUAUAAUAUAAAUGAAGAAUUGGGUAACGAAACUAUUGUACGGUAUGAUAAUAUGUCAAAGCGACUAUGCAGCUUACUGGCAUUACGCGUUGAGCAGUACCGUGCAGUGGGACACAUUUGA